AACGGAAGUGCCGAAAGUGUGGAUACCUUGGACUACGAGCCGCCCCCGGUGCUGCCACCGCGGCGCCCGCCCUGGCCGUCCAACAGCCCGAGCAGCACCGCCUCGAGGUACAUCGGGCAGCAGCGCACCACCUCCACCACCACGUCCUCGCUGACAGCGACGGCGGCUACGACGACUACCACGUCGACGACGCUAGUACCGGCGUCCCGAGGCUCAACGACCUCCUCGUCUGCGCGAGUGUCGCCGCAGCCGCCACCCUUGACGCCGCCCCAGUAUCCUGCGCCCCCACGGCCCCCUAGUCGAAACGGUGGGGAUGAAGCGCGUGUCGCGAGGGCGAGAGGAAGCGGACGCGGAGCAUUACCGAGCAUCAUCCUCGCUAAUGGAACGCCCUUGCCGAGAGUGCCACCACCUCGCGCGGGCUGGGCAGUGCGUAUCAACGAGGCGACACUCGCAACGCCAAGUCAGUCAACUAAUCGUCAUCAGCAUCAACGGCAGCAGCAGCAGCAUACACCGUGUCCAGGUACACCGAGAGCCGUCGAACAAUGGGCUAGCGAGCGGGCAUCGUCGUCGUCGGCUUUGUCGGUUCGCGGUACCCCCUCGCCAUCCUCGCCAGAAGCAGCAUCAGCAAGAAGAACGGGACCAGGAUCAAUCGGGUUCGUCACCUCGUCGAAUCGCGUCCCUGGACCAGGUGGAGCGCGAGGAGCAGAGGGAUCAGAGGUCGCCGGUGUCCGUUUCGCGGAUCAUUGGCAGGAGGAGGAAGAGCUGGAGGCGAAGGAGAAGGAGGAGCACCGGAAGCGUCGCGUGGACGCAGCGGCGCGUUACCAAGCCGAGCAUCUUGGACUGAGAUCCGGUCGGAUGUCGCUGAACAAUGCGAUCCCGCCGCUCUCGCGGCCACCCUCCUCGCAGACCAGCGGUAUAAUCUCUGGAAACGGUCUAGACGGGACCACGGACGCAGGCAGCAACAACUCCGACGACGGCGACAACCAAUCCGUUCACCAGGGUGUCCAGUCGAGUCGCGUCCACGACCACAAUCGUCCGUUUCCACCGCCACGGUUGCCAGCCGUGCACGUAGCCUCUUCUCCGUCGGUAGUCGCCGCAACCACGCUGGCGACCAGCAGUGUCUCGACCCAGUCGAAUCCUAGAAUUCCGGUGACCACCGCGCCUCUGAGUCCCCUGUCUAGCACGUUCAGAAGUCGACCGCGGAACGUCGAGACGAUCGAGACGUCGCCCAGGACGCUCUCCACCUCGGACACGCCUCCCAGAAGUCCCAUCGGCGAGGUGAGCCUGACCGUUCCGCGGCCCGACGGCGAGAGAACCAUCAACGAGUACGUGGAGGCUCCGUUCAAGCACUGCUGCUUGAACCAGGAGCGUCGUCUGGACGAUGAGAAACGAGCCGCGGCCACCGACUGCCCGAAGAUCGACAGGAGGCAGCAGCGUCGGAAGGGUCUCUCCGACGCUGCUGUGGCGGCCACCCAUCAUCGGUUGCACGCCGCCAGGGCUCACCAGGCGUUUCGUAGCGGUUUGAACGCGACGGGGACUCACGCCGCGGCAUCCACGACAGCGAACGCCGUGGGGACCAACGCCGUUACCAAGCAGCCGGUCUCUUUCACCAAGGAGCCAGCCAACAGCCUCGCCUCCAGAACCUACGAUCCGGCCGGUUUGUCGAUAAUGUGCAAUUUUUGCGGCAGAUGCCGUUGCGAGUCCUGUCGCGAACCCCCGCCGUUGCCCAGCAAAUGGCUGUGCGACAACAAGUGCUUCUGUUCCGCGGACACUAUCCUCGAUUACGCGUCCUGCCUCUGUUGCGUGAAGGGACUGUUCUAUCACUGUGCAGACGGCACAGGUACCGGCGGGAUCGACGGAGAGGCGGCAGGGAGCUGCGCGGACGAGCCGUGCUCCUGCACGGGGAACAAGACUGCCUCCAGGUGGGCCUGCCUGGCGGCCCUCACCCUGGUCAUGCCCUGCCUGCUGUGCUACUGGCCGUUCAAGGGCUGCGUGGCCCUCUGCGAGACGUGCUACGCGCGGCACGCCGCCCAGGGAUGCAGGUGCAACCCGAGCACCCUCGGGAGCCAAGCCUCCGGCAGGCAUCAUCCCAUCGCUAACGACAUCGGGGACUCGAGGGACCCGGAGAAAAGGUUGCUCGAUCCGGUCACGCCCGAACUCUAAAGUUUCGCCGUUCGCGCCCUCGCCUACAGAUCGAAAAUCGACGUUUAUCUUUAACAGGGGAGAUCGCUGGACAAGUUUCUCCCGGGGACUGAAACUCCUCCUCGGACUCGAACGGCUAGCUCGAGGGGUACGAGAGAUGUAGAACAACGAAGAGUAACUUUAAAGCGGUGCCGCGUAUCGGUACGUUAACCCUGUUGCGAAUUAACAAUUUUUAUCGCGAUCUCGUAAUUAUAAUUUAUUCGAAUCUUUCCCAAAGAAAUUGGAUAUUCAAUGAAUGAUUUUAUUUAUUUUCUCGUCGGUUACCGACAACUCAACGAAAUGAAUAUACGAGAGGGGUGUGUCACCUCAGCAGCUACCGCUCGAGUCGAUGGGUCGUUUCAUCAACCCCGAGGUUCUAUCUUUAAGCGAGGUAGUAUCGGUACACGAU